GCCACAACGGUAUUGUCUACAUUGUCUUUCUUUGUGGUAAGCCUCAUGAAAGCCUUGGAGGCGUACAGGCUUUGUCCUUUUGUCCCGAUAGUCCCUAAUCUUGACCCAUAGCCAUUAAAUUUGCGUCAACCUUUGUUUCAUUAUGUAGUGAACAAAGCAUUUCCAUUUCAAGUAUUUUGAUAUCCCUUGUAUUCCCACUUUCUACUUCUCUUUGCCAUCCUUGAGAACCUCAAAUACUACCCUUCCUACACGACUUGGCCGUCAUCGAUUCUCGUUGCAGCGGACAAGCUAGCCUUCGGCACCAUAAUAGAAGAAACCCCUCCCAAUCUCAGACCCCUUUUCAUUCUUUUUGCUUUUAUCAAGAUGCCUGAGCUUAGGCCCCUCCAUAGAGGUAUCGACCCAAGGCGUGGUGUUAUUAGAAACACUAAUCCAGCUUACUCGACUCUCGAAUACCAGCGGGCGCCCGCUGUACGACAGCUAGCACCUAUCGCAGGCGCGCCAGCCGUGGCUCCACAAUGCAACGACAACCCUACCUGCAGCGGCCCAAACGGAGGCACUUGCUCCAAUCAUGUAUCAGUGUGCCCCGGAGAUACUGACAGGCCGGGCCGACCCCUUUUCCGCUGUCACCAAAGAGACGAAAACCGCAACCCACGGGGGUUGUAUCCAACAUACCCUAUGCACACAGUCUGCGAGGACUGCCAACAACACGGACGUCGAGCGCGAGAAGACGAAAUCUCCGACCUCGCACUCUAUAGAGUCCCCGCAGCCAUUGACGUAUGGAACAAUCCACAAGGCAUCCAAUACAACCCAAACGGCCGCCGCGGGCUUCUAUGCAGAGACUGCACCAUGCGCGAAAUCGGCUACUACAACGCGCGCAUUCAAAACGUCGACCCCGCCACGGGUAUCACCAUCGAGCUCCCAGUCGGGGCCCCGGGUGACAACAGGCCCUUCAACAGCUACCCGCACGCCAUCCCGUUCGGCGACCCGGCCAGGAUCCCUAUCCCAGCGGCCUUUGGCGCGCGGCGCCGACGCCCGCUGAGCGCGCCAUGAUCCAGCGCGAGUACAUCGUGCAGGACUUCUGCCGAUGCCUCCCGGAGCUCUUCCCCCGCAACCCGCGCAUCUGCCACGGCCUCCGCAACGCGCG